UUUCACUUGCCACAAUACUCCACAUCUCAUACAUUGUCAUCUACAACAAGAAAACCUCAUUCUUCUCUUGUUUGAACUAUCUCUCAUUUUUAUCGUGACGAUAAUAGUACGUCUCAGUUCAAAACCAAUCAAGAGUCUAAUAUAUAAAUUCUCUAUAUACUUGCUGUGCUUUUUUGUCACAUUAAUUACUCCUUUAUCACCACCAUUACUAUUCUACAAGAAGCCAAACGGUCCAAAAAAACAAACAAACAGUAGUCUUUAGCAAUAUUAUAAACUCCAUUUCAUCUUCACGUUUUCAGAAUAAGACCAAACAUCCACCUCUUUCACCUAGUAGCUAUGUCAGUUACAAGCUCUUGACAUCCUCUGUGAAAUAGCCAGUUUCAAGAAUUCCCCAUAUUUCAGACAAAGAAAAAUAUUCAUACUUUUGAUCUCGGGCGAAAAUCUUCAUAGAGAGUUAGAAAGUGUCAAUUCUCGUAACUAGACGGUGGCAAAGAAAAAUACUUUUGAUCUUGGUCUAAGAUCUUCAUAGAGAGUCACAAAGCGUCAAUUCUCAUAAUCCGAGGGUGCCAAAGAAAAAUUGUGGUACUUUUAAUCUCGGGCGAAGAACUUCACAGAGAGUUAGAAAGCGUCAGUUUUCGUGUUUCCAUCAAAGAACUAUUUGAUACUUCUGAUCUUGGGAGAAGAUUUUCAUAGAGAGUCAGAAAGCAUGAGUUCUCAUAACGAGACGGUAAGGAAAAAAUACCUCUCUUGGCAACAAAAACGUCAUUGACUGAUAGAUUAUUUCGCGACUCGGUUAACGAAAAAAAUGAGGAAAAUGAGAGGAUUUAGGCUUGGAAGGAGAUUGGUGAGAGUUUUCAAGUUGUUCAUUCAUAGGAGAAGAAAGGGAAAAAUCAGCUACAAACGUCUGGGAUCCUCAAAUUGUGCAACAAAAGCAUUUUCAAAGCUUUGUAAUUUGGGAAAUUUGUUGAAGCAUGCGGUUAAAGGUGUCAAUUUUAGAAGACCCGGUUCGGGUUAUAUCCGGGUCGGAUCGGAUUUUAUGGAUCAGAACCAAAUACCAAAGGGUCAUUUGGCUGUGUAUGUUGGUAAAAAAGGGGAUGAUGCAUGUAGAAUUUUAGUGCCUGUGAUUUACUUUAAUCACCCUUUGUUUGCUGAUUUGUUGAGAGAGGCUGAAAUGGUUUAUGGGUUUAAUCACUCGGGUGGGAUCCAAAUCCCUUGUCGGAUAUCCGAAUUUGAGUAUGUUCAAUCAAGAAUUGCCGCCACGGGUGGCAGUGGGAGUUGUCGCGGGAGGCGGAGCUGGAGGCAUAAAUACUGGUGAGUUGUAAUAGGGGCGAAUCUAAGAUUUGGAAGCACAUCUUUUCACUUACGUGUGUAGGAAAAAGUAAUGAUCAAGAAUCGCGCCACGUGACAGUGCAAUUUGUCGUGGGAGGCGGAGCUGGAGGUAGAAGACUGGUGAGUUGUGAUCAGGGCGAAUCUAAGAUUUAAAAAUAUAGUACGGAGUACCUUUUUUUUACUUUACCUUGCGUGUGUAUGAAGAAAGUGAUGAAUGUGCUCACUUUCACUAGUUAGAUUCGUCUUUGACUAUUGAUCAUGUCGGAAUUUGUACCUAUUUAUGUUUAUUUAGUGAUCAAUUUGUUUGUUUCUUUGGUCUCACUCAGAAAAAGGAUUCCGGGGUGUAGUAAGAUGUAAUUAGUUAA